CCCAAUGCUGUCUGUUUUCGUCAUUUCGUCCCCCCCUCUUUCUCUGCCUUCGGACUCUGAUUUUUCUCUCUCAACUUCCUCCCCCUUUAUUUCUUUCUCUCUCCACUCAAACUCUCUCUCUCUGCCCAAACAACACAAUCUCCUUCAAUCUCUGCUCUCCACAACCCAUUUCUGAGCUCGAUAAGCUUCAAAACCAUCCCUAAAAAGCUCAUACUUUUCUUCACAUAAUCCACCGUUACAGAGAUUUAUUUCAAAUGCCAGCUCCUUGAUGAUGCAUACGAACUUUCUUUGCAAGAGUUUGCAGAGGUCGCAGCGAUUAGAGGAUGUUUAUGGUGCUCUGUUUUCUCGAGAUUAACGCUAUGAGGAAGAGAAGCUGAGACGGCAAUUUCUCGCGGUAUAUUGGAGAUGGAUUCAGUAAAUCAAAAGGCAGUCACUCCAAGUAAGAGCAGAUUGGCACGCACUUUCGCUAAGGUUUUGCACAUUCGAGCUGUGACGGGGAUUGCCCCAGUCGACGGGAUUCAGAAAACUAAGUCCCAUGAGAAGAUCAAGCACGAGCACGUGAAUGGUAUAAGGACUGAGUCCUUUGAUGGCGACGAUGAAAAGCUUCGGGCCAAAGCAGCUACAGAUGCUUUUCUUGCCAAAUUGUUUGCCAGCAUUUCAUCCGUUAAAGCUUCGUAUGCCCAAUUGCAGUUUGCUCAAUCUCCUUAUGAUGCUGAUGGAAUUCAAUCUGCUGAUCAGUUUGUGGUGACCGAAUUGAAGAAUUUAUCUGAACUGAAGCAGUGCUAUCUGAAGAAACAAUUGGAUGAGUGUUCCCCCGAAACUACACAACUGUUGGCUGAAAUCCAGGAGCAAAAGAGUCUUCUGAAGACCUAUGAAGUUAUGGGUAAGAAAAUGGACUCUCAGGUUAAGCUCAAAAACUCCGAAAUUAUAUUUCUUAAAGAGAAGUUGGGGGAAGCCAACAGGGAAAACAAGCUGCUCGAGAAGAGGAUAAAUUCGAGUGGGCUGUUCUCUGUUCCUAGCAAUUUUCAACUGUCAGGCCUGAGCCCUAGCCAUUUUAUUACAGUGCUUAGGCAAACAAUCAAAUCUAUUCGGAGCUUUGUCAGGUUGAUGAUCAGUGAGAUGGAAUCCGUGGGGUGGGAUUUAGAUGUUCCGGGGAUAUGA